UUCAGUGGUCUUGUGAUGCUGGCUCAGGUCUGUGCGGAGGAGGCUAGUCUCAGAAAUUUGAUUAAUAAUAACCAGGUUUAUCAUAAUGGUCAGAUCGAAAUCAAGUAUGUUGCAAUCGAAUGCAAGAGGAGGCGGCUGAAUGAUGGAUAUGAAAGAAGAUGGUCUGCAGCUGAUCAUUAUGGUUACAAUUGCAAUGACAUUGAUUCUGAUUUUAGAUGCAAGCUUUGCAAUAAAACAUUUACUAGUUACCAAGCUUUGGGAGGUCACAUGUCAAGCCAUAACCGGCUCAAGAUCAACUCAAAGGAUCAUGAUCAUGCCCAAUUUAACUUCGAACAUCACAAUGAACAACAUCCUCUUCCUCCUCAAGUGGUUAGCACAUACAGCUGCAAUGUUUGCGAUAAAACAUUCUCAGGUUACCAAGCCUUGGGAGCGCACAUCUUAAGCCAUUGCAAGGAUGUGAACGACAACAACACCCACAACUCAGCAGAUAACAGUGUUGUUAAAGAUAACAAUGUGCCUGAGCCUCGUCAAGUUGAAUUGCACAGUUGCGGUGUUUGCAAUAAAGAAUUCACAAGUUACCAAGCUUUGGGAGGACACAAGUCAAGCCAUACGAAGUACAAUAACAACAAUAAUAUGGAUCGAGAUCAAUCUAAUUCUGCGGAUAUAUCAACCGGUAGUGCUGAAGAUAAGAAUGAACGUCAAAAACUCUAUGUAACAGUACCUCACCAAUGCAAAGAAUGCAAGAAGACUUUUCCAACAGGUCAGGCUUUGGGGGGCCAUAAGAGGCUUCAUUGGAAGGGCCCAACUGAAGCUACAGCGAAACCGAGUCAGCAGAGUAGUGCUCGUAGGAUCCUUGAAUUUGACCUCAAUGAGAUUCCAUCUAUGGAGGAUGAUGAAGAAAUAAAUGUGCCGAGCGUCCUCUUGCAAUUAUAAUAGUCAGUAGUUCUUUGUUUCUGAUAAUUCUUUCUAGUUUUUGUUGCAGUGAAAGACACUAGCAUAGGAACCAUUUUGUUGCUGGUCUUGUGUUUUCACUUUGGGAUAUGAUUAAGAUCAGAUUGUAUAUGUAAAGAGUCAUGCAUACAUGGCGGGUUUCAUAAUGAGAUAUAAAAAAAAAGUCACGCACAUUAC